AUGUAUUUGAAUAAGAAAAUACUGUAUUGGUGUACAAUUCCAAUCGUUGUAUUGGUUUUUUGCGGAGUUAUUUUGAGAACAAUCAUCCAAACCUCUUCACAAGGAAAGAAAAAGAAAAAGUUACCUUUUAAGAAUGAGCAAAAUUUAAAUGAUUGCUUAAUCUCUACUCAGCGUGUUUCUCUAAGGAAUCAAGAGUUCCAAAAUCAUCUCAAUAGGAGCGCCUUAAUUAGAUCAAGGAGAUUUUUAAUUCCGGAAGAUUCAUUUUUGAAAAGAAAGGUGUUUUAUUGCGACCCAGAAACAGGAUAUUUUCAAAACUCACCCGAAUCUCCAAGCCCACUAGCUGCACUCUCAAAUCCAGACCACUCUGCACUCACAGAUAUGAUGAAAAAUCAAUUUGGGUUUCUAAUACUGAAUGGAGGAAUGGGAUACUUAGUCAGCACAUUAUUUUCAGGGUUCUUUGUUGCUUAUAUCCCUUUCCCACUUUCUUAUUCAUUUAAGGGAAUGCUUCAAAGAGGAAUUGAAAUAAACCCAAAUAUAAGUGCUUCAUUUUUAUCUGCACUAUCAUUCUAUUUCAUUGUACUACUUGGCAGUGGAGAAGUUAUUCAUCUUUUUCUAUCUAUUAUUGGGUUUGAAGGUGUUUCAAGCUCUCAAAUUGAUCUUCCAAUGAUGAAUCAGCAAGCAUCUCCUUUGGGGAGCCAAACAGACUAUUCUAAACUUUUCAAAGAAGAAAUCGAGUCGCUACAAAUAACACCAAUAGAGUCUGCACUGAGACAAAUAGAAGAAAUGGCAAUUAAACAACUCAAAUCUUGA